GAGCUGGGACGUGCGGACGAGGUUCUGGAUUUGUCGGACUACGAUCGCUGUGAAGAGAUCCGGAAGAACAAAACUCGCAGCAAAAAGAACCACAGCAAGUUCAGAGUGCAGCGCUGCAGCAGCCCGGGGAACACGGUUCCUAACCUGGUGUUCCUGGCUGUGAGUCCGGAGGAGAAGGAGUCGUGGAUCCAGGUCCUGAACGCCGCCAUCACACGAGCCAAGAACCAGAUCCUGGACGAGGUGACUGUAGAAGAUGCUCACCUGUCUCACCUGACUCGAGAUCGAGUAAAGAUCCCUCAGACCCGCCGCCUGCCGACCAGAGGACACCUGCUGGCCGUGGCCUCCUCCUCUGACGGGGCUCUGACUCUGGACCUGAUCCAGGAGGACGACCCCCCCUCGGACCCCCCGCCCCCCCCUCUGUGCCUGCGCCGAGGCUUCUGGGAAGACCACAAAGACCCCAAAAACCACAAAGACCCCAAAGACCCCAAAGACCCCAAAGACCCCAAAAACCACAAAGACCACAAAGACCCCAAAAACCACAAAGACCCCAAAGACCACAAAGACCCCAAAGACCACAAAGACCCCAAAGACCCUAAAGACCACAAAGACCCCAAAAACCACAAAGACCCCAAAGACCACAAAGACCCCAAAGACCACAAAGACCCCCCGAUGGUGGCCCGGCUGCAGGAGCUGAUCGUCCAGAAGCUGCAGGACACGGAGAGGAUGCUGACGGAGGUCCGGGGAGGGGGGGGGCUCCGGGGAGGGGUGGGGGUCCGGGGGGGGGCGGAGGCAGAGAGGAUCCUGAUGGAGGCCACGCAGACCUGGAGUCAGGCGAGGGACGUCCUGCAGGAGGUGAAGGAGCUCCAGGACCUGUACCGGCAGCUGUGAGGCUUUACAUCAGGGGGGUGUCAAACAUACAGGAACUACAAUACCCACAACGCCUCUGUGCCUGGACCUGUACCUGCAGCUGGACCCUCCCUCACUGUGAGGCUUUACAUACAAACAUACAGGAACUACAAUACCCACAAUGCCUCUGUACCUGGACCUGUACCUGCAGCUGGACCUUCCCUCACUGUGAGGCUUUACAUACAAACAUACAGGAACUACAAUACCCACAAUGCCUCUGUACCUGGACCAGAACUGGUGAUUGAGAUUCUGAACCAGAGGGGAAGACUUCGAUAAGAGACUCCUACGGCCUUUAGAGGGGGCUCACUCCUUCACCUCCUUUAGAGGGGGCUCACUCCUUCACCUCCUUUAGAGGGGGCUCACUCCUUCACCUCCUUUAGAGGGGGCUCACUCCUUCACCGCCUUUAGAGGGGGCUCACUCCUUCACCUCCUUUAGAGGGGGCUCACUCCUUCACCGCCUUUAGAGGGGGCUCACUCCUUCACCUCCUUUAGAGGGGGCUCACUCCUUCACCGCCUUUAGAGGGGGCUCACUCCUUCACCUCCUUUAGAGGGGGCUCACUCCUUCACCGCCUUUAGAGGGGGCUCACUCCUUCACCUCCUUUAG